AGACAUAUUUGACCCACAACAACUUGGGUGAGCUCGCACUCCAGCUUGGCGUUCAGUGUGGUUCAGACGCUCCACUCCGUUUUUCUUUUAUACGCGCAAAAAACACCAACACUUAAGCAGCCAUGGAUGCCAUCAAGAAGAAGAUGCAGAUGCUCAAGCUCGACAAAGAGAAUGCUUUGGACAGAGCUGAGCAGGCUGAGUCGGAUAAGAAAGCGGCGGAGGACAGAAGCAAACAGCUUGAGGAUGACUUGGUGGCACUGCAGAAGAAGUUGAAAUCGACAGAGGAUGAGUUGGACAAAUACUCUGAGGCCCUGAAGGAUGCCCAGGAAAAACUGGAACUGGCUGAGAAGAAAGCCACAGACGCUGAGGGUGAUGUGGCCUCCCUGAACAGGCGCAUCCAGCUGGUUGAGGAGGAGUUGGACCGUGCCCAAGAGCGUCUGGCCACGGCUCUCACCAAGCUGGAGGAAGCUGAGAAGGCUGCUGAUGAGAGCGAGAGAGGCAUGAAAGUCAUUGAGAACAGGGCGAUGAAGGAUGAGGAGAAGAUGGAGCUGCAGGAGAUCCAGCUGAAGGAGGCCAAGCACAUCGCUGAGGAGGCUGACCGCAAAUACGAGGAGGUGGCCCGUAAGCUUGUGAUCAUUGAGAGUGAUUUGGAACGUACAGAGGAGCGCGCAGAACUGUCUGAGAGCAAAUGCUCUGAGCUUGAGGAGGAGCUCAAGACCGUACAGAACAACCUGAAGUCUCUGGAGGCUCAGGCAGAGAAGUACUCGCAGAAGGAGGACAAGUAUGAGGAGGAGAUCAAGGUUCUUACAGACAAGCUGAAGGAGGCCGAGACCCGUGCUGAGUUCGCCGAGAGAUCAGUCGCCAAGCUUGAGAAGAGCAUCGAUGACCUGGAGGAUCACCUUUACAAGCAGGUUGAGAAAAACCGUCAUCUCACCAACGAGCUACGGGUAGCCUUAAACGAGGCGUGAGGCGGUCACUUCACAAAUGUCCUCAUACUUUGAUGCCGUGUGCAUAUUCAACAGGCUUCGGUGCACAGCUCCGAUCAAUGGGUGCUUUCAAUUGGCAGAAGAAAAAAAUAUUUUUUGGGACUAUUUGUACCAUACUGCAUGAUUUGUUGGCUUCUCUGCAGAGGGUCAGACGCACUGGAAAAUGAUCAAUUAUUGGUGUUUGACUGGUAUUUGUUUUUCUGAGUUAAUGUCAGGGCUGUGGGACAUUGAUUGAAAACUGAUAAUCUUGUGGUUCCUAAGCAUCGAGAAACCCACUCUGUUUCAAAUGAAGACUUUCUUUUGUGUGCUUCAGGCUUUCUCGUAAGAUGGGUCUACUCUAUGCAAGUAAAAUUCCCAGAACAGAAAGUCAAAGCUAACAAUUCACGUUCCAUGAAGCUACCGACCACUCUCGUUGUUGUUCCACUUUGAGUCAGCAGGGGUCAGUAAUUCGCGUUUCAAAUUGUUGCCAGCUUGUCAACAAAUGAAAAAUCCAAUGCUUCCGCUGAGUGUAGACAAGGAAUUCCAUUUGGAUUUCACUAUUUGUGUGCCUCGAUUUAUGCUGAAAACUCAGAGACACUCGUACUUGAUGCACAACGAAUUGUUGAUACAGGCAAAUCCCAAAUAAUUCAGCAAUCUGACCAAAAAAACCUACAUGUUGUCUCUGAAUUGUUUAUCUUCAUUCAACAUGGGUCUUCAUAUAAGGCAAAUUUUCCCUCAACUUUCACCAAACGUAAAGGGAUCUUUUUAGGAGAAAUGCUUCUGGAGCCGAACUUUUUACUGUGGCAGAAAACUGCAAAAAUGUAUGCAGACAAAUGAAACUGUUCUAUUUGAUUGAUGGAGUCUUAAUCACAGCCCUGCCUUUAACUCAAACUCCAAAUAUUGGAAAGUUAACUUUAAAAUUGACCCCACUUAUUGUUCAUGUGUAGCUGUGCUUUACACUCGUUUUGUGACCACGUUGUCCAUAAGUGUGUACAGUAUACUCCUGACCCGAGCUUUCUGUUUGUUUGCAAUGUUGUUUGAACGGGUCUUAACGCUGCCAUGCUAUAUUAACAGAUAAACUUGAUCGUGCUAAAGAAGAGGACCAGAGUGCAAGGCAGUUGCUGGAUCAGACUCUCAAUGAGAUCUGUAACAUUUGACCCCCAACAUGGUGACUGACUCUGGCACAACAUGGCUGCCAUAAACACAAGAUGCGUUUGUGUCUCCUCAGACCUAAAUAAGAAACCAGCUACUGUAGAUGAGCACUGUAACCACAUAGCAUUCACUGUAUGUCUUGAUUGUUGAAAAAAUAAGCACUUUUUUUCCCAGCCAAAACCAUAUCAUGUGGUUGAUCAGCUAUGAUCAAGCCAAGGAACCUUUUAUUGAAUAUUUUUGUAGUUAGUUUCUUUUUGUUUGUUUGUUUGUUCACCCCUUAAACAAAACAAAAAAAAACCAGUUACCUGAAUGUACACAAUAUAUUUGCACUCAGAACUCAUGUUUUGUUUCAUUGUUUAACUGUUUUCUGUCAUACCAGUUUUAUGAUCAUGAAAAUGUUAAGAUCAUAAAUAAAUUGUUGAAUGAAGUAUA